AUGUGGGAUGGGAAAAUUGUGCUUAAUGAAAUACCUACAACUGCUAAUAAGAUUAUAAAUUGUUUUGUUACUAUUAAUAACAUUUUGUUAAUUAUCGAAACAGAGUGUAUCAGAUAUGGCCAAUAUAUUAACAAUAAUCAAGAGCUUGACUUAAAAACGUUAAAGCGUAAACAACUGAUCGGAUAUGUUAGUUAUGCAACAUUAUACCUGGAACCAUUAACAAGAAAACAAUAUUUAUUUCUUGUUAUGCAAGAUGGUAGGAUUGAUAUAAGAGAUUCACAAUUAGAUGUGAUAGAUACUAUUGAUACAGAUAUCCCAUUCUAUGACAAUAUACAUUCCAUAAUAACUAUAUUUGAAGAAUAUGCUAGAAUCUUAUAUAUUAACUUACGUAAGGAUUGUAUCCAUAUGAUUCGAUUACAAUUGAAAAAUGACGUCUUGAGGUUUUUGCAUACCGAUAAGUCAAUUACGUUAAUUCAAACAUUAACAUCCACUAUAAUGUCGAUGGAUAUCUCAUUGGAAUAUGAUAUAUACACCAAUGAAGAAUUCACAUCAAUUGGUAUUCUAUCUAGAGUUGAAUCAACUGGACAAUAUUACUUUCAAGCAUUGUAUAGAAAAAAUGGUAAUCUAAUGAAAAAUAAAUUGAAAUGGGGAACCUUAAUCGAACAAACAAAGAUUCUACCAUUAAAUGACGAAACCAAGGAAAAUAUAAAUGCAAAUCCAAAGGUGAUAAUGAAAUCCAUAGAGAACGUUGGGUUUUUCUUGUUUACUUUAAGUACCAUCAUGUUUAUAACUUUACCUAAUGGGUUUGAAAAUAUUUUUGCAGGCCAAUCUAUUAAGGCACAGGAGAUUUAUAGUGUACAGGGGCCUUAUUUGAUGGAUGUCAUAAACCUAGAAGAAAACAGGAAUCUAAAACUUAACGGAAUAAUUGAUGUAAAUUUUGAAACAGCAUCUAUUGAAUUUAUUAUAUUUACAAACACUUUCCAAUUAAUCAAAAUUCGAAUAAUUAAGAUGAUGGAAGAUGAUGAAAAAUUUAUAAAACUUUGGGGUAAAUUUAACAUUACUAACCAGAAAAUGAUAAAUAUACCAAGUAGUUCAGAUGACAAUAUUGUUAACCUAUAUUAUUUUAAAGAACUGAACCAAUACUUGUUAGAACUAAAGUCGGAUAGACUAGUCCUUGCAAAACUAAAUAUCCUUGAUCCUUUGAGUAUCAUCAAAUAUGAGAAAGAAUCAUUCAUAUGCUCAUCUACCAUUGGAAAUCACUCUAAAAGGAUUAUAAGAACCGGCUUUACACAAAAUAAUAAUUAUUUUAUAGAUCAAGAAUCGACCGGAUUAGAAAAUAUGUAUCAUUUUGAAAAUUUAUUCGUUCCAGAUACUUCUAUUGUCAAAGUCUGGACUACUAUUGAUGGUAACCUAUAUUGGUUAGAUUCCACUAAUGAACUCUUUUUCAAUGGUAAGUCGGUGGAUCAUGGAGAUUAUGUGAUACAUAUAACUUGUAAUAACAAAAUUGUUACAAAUAAUUCUGUAAUUAGUGCUGUCGAUAUUUGGAAUGCUGAAUUAGGUUGCCAUUGUUAUGUAGUCGUUUCUGGAGACAUUAAAUGGGAGACUAAAAAUGGCACAUUAACGUCUAAAUUACCUGAACUUGAAGUUCAGAAAUUACCCAAAAUUAUAAUUCAUUCUUCCAUGAAGUGGGAUGGGACCAAUAUUACAUUGUGCGCUAAUGAAAAUAGGAUUAUGCUUACUUCCGAUUAUGGUAAAAGUUUUAAAACAAUUAACUGCCCUGAAUUUCUGGGAACAAUAUCUUCAAUAUUUUACCAUGAGGUUAACCAUUUUUGUAAUAUACUUGUUUCUGAUAUCCAUGGGAAGGUUUGGGUUCUCGAUGGUGAAACAUUUCAAAGUGCAGGGCUUCUUAAUAUUAACUCAUAUACGUCAAGUAUUGUAGGGUUACAUAAUUCAAAUAAUUUGAUUAUCUUUUCUGAUGAUGCAUUUGCUAUUUUAUAUCCAGAUACUAAAAAUAAAUUGAGAUAUGAAUACGUCCCAUUAGAUAUUCCUUAUAAUAUAACACACAUUGUUAGUGACUGUUCUAAUAAACGAGUUAUUUCUCUGAUUAUUGUCACGUCCGAUAACCUUGUUUUACGAAUGAAUCUUGAUUUGAAGUUGAACGAAACUUUUAAAUCCGUUCACAGAACUUACACAGACAUCCUGAUUAAUAAGUUUGUGAGGUUAGAAUCUUCUAACAGAUUUUUAGUUGCUUCAUACAUAACCAUGGGAAAAAAAGGAGGUGAUAGGAAUAUUAUUGAUAAAAAUGGUAUUUGCGUUUAUGAUGCAUACAAGAGUAAAAUAGUUAGUUCUUAUGAUACGACAAAAGAUCUUUCCAAUGCCAUCACGACAGAUAUUUCAAGUGCAUCUUACCAAUUUGAUGCCAACAGUUCCGAGGAGAAUGAAACCAAAAUAUCAUUUGCUAAACAGCUAAUUUUUGAUCAAUGUUUUGUUGUUUCUUUGAAUUAUGAAAUAGCAGAAACUGAUAAGGGUCCGAAGUUGCUGUUGUUCAUGUUGAACUCUGAAAGUGGAGAAAUAGAACUACAAACCACUAUAGAUACAUUUUACAAUGUAAAUUGUCUCUAUAAUUACGAAAAGAAUUUGUUUGUUGCUUGUGGAGAUUGCAUUCAAUUAUUUAAGUUAGAUUAUUCUGUUCAAGAAAAUAUUUUCCAUAUCGUUCCAUUCUCUAAUAAAAUAUAUGUGAGUGGUUACGUGAAACAGAUAUAUUCUCUUCCAAAUAUUGUAAAUAUUAAUGACACCUCUGAUGAGACAAAACAUGAUAAAAAAAGAGUGAAAAGGCAGGUUAACCAAAAAAUAGAUUUUGUUGGUACUGAUAUACUUCGAGGUUUUUAUGAAUGUGUUUUAGAGACAGAAAAUAGUCAUGCGAAAGAAGAUUCAGUAAAAUAUACUUUUAAGCCCGUUAAAGCGACAGAAAUACAUCCGAUAAUCAGUGAUAUUUUUAGAGAAAAGAUCAUUACAGAAUUUCAUUUUACAAAAUACGAGGGUUUUUUUUACUUUCUAGUAUGUUGUGGAUUAAAUAAGGUCAAAAUAUAUAUGACGUCUUUGAAUGACGUGGAAUACAAUCUGAUCGACUUUUAUUUACCAUCGCAAGUAACAAGUGCAUGUGCAAUCUACAAAGACGGGAAUGAAAUCGAUCCUACUAAGAAUAUAUUGAUAGAAAACAGUAGAAUUGAAGAAUUAUUUUCAAUUACCAGUAUAACUGGGGGUCAUUAUACAUUGGGUGUUUUAAAGGAGAAACCUGAAGUUAUCUUUCAAAAUGAAAUAAGCAAAAAGAACAUGACACUUCAAUUAAAAUCCAUUGGUGCAAUCGAUGAUGAUGAUGAUGAUGAUGAUAUACACCAAUUUAAUCCUCAACUAAUAGAUAAUAGAAUACUAUGUGACGAUACUGUAAAUCAUAUUCAUAACUAA